AUGGUGGAAGUAGAUUGCACCGAUGAAGAACUAAUGAGGGAAUGUGCGCAGAAAGAUCCUAAGUAUCCGAUUGCUUUCAACGGUACUUGUACUGCGACGGCGUACAAAGCAAUGACGACACCUUCUGACCAGUAUUUUACGAAUGUUAUAACAAAGAGAUCAGAUGGGAUUGACGACAUUGGUGAGGUGAAUUGGCCGACGCUACUAACAUUGGCGAUGAUGUGGGCAUUUGUUAUAAUGGCAUUGGUGAAAGGCUACGAGUAUAUGGGAAAAGUCGCCUAUGUUAGUUCAACAGCUCCCUACGUAAUAAUAAUGAUCUUAUUCUUUCGUGGAAUCACUCUCGAAGGCGCUUCUGAUGGAGUGCAUUAUUUUCUUGGAAAACCAGAUUUCAAGAAAUUGCUAAGCCAAGAGACAUGGGCAGCAGCUCUCAUACAGAUCUGUUAUGCGAUGAGCGUUGGAUAUGGCGGCAUUAUUGCGCUUGCAUCCUACAGUGACCGCUACAAUAAUUGCUACAGGGAUGCUUGGAUAGUAGUCUGGGGUGUUAUAAUUAUGAGUGUCAUUGGAGGUGUUGCGGUAUUUGCGACACUUGGCUAUCUAUCUCGUCAAAUUCACAAGCCUAUUGAGGAAGUGGUAUCCAGUGGCGAAUGUAGCUUAUCUCUAGCGUUUGUAGCUUAUCCUGAAGCGAUGGCAAAAAUGCCGUAUCCCGCACUUUGGGCGAUAUGUUUCUUCGCAAUGCUAUUCUGCCUGGGUAUUAGUACGGAGAUUGCUUUUGCUGAGACCAUUUGUACAAGCAUCUAUGAUCAAUGGCCAGUGACUAGAAAAUCCAAGUGGUUGGUGUCAGUGUGUUGCUGCUUGACCCUUUUUGUUUGCGGUCUGAUCAUGACGACUGAAAGCGGUAUUUUCUGGUUUACUGUGUUUGAUUUGUUCUGUGGUUCGACUUCUGCUUGUGUCGUUAUAACGGCGGAACUGGUGAUAUUCAUGUAUAUCUAUGGCUAUUCAAACUUCCAGCAGGAUAUCUAUGAAAUGUUCGGAGAGCCAGGUGGCGGAUUAUUGUCACGUUUGUUUGGACCAACUGCGCCUCUAUGGGGGUUCUGUUGGAAGUUCAUCACUCCAGCAAUAGGGCUGGUCAUCAUGGUGUUCACGAUGAUGCGGAAUGAAUUAACAGUGGAACAUCGCUCAGAAGUAUAUAAAUUUCCUCAGUGGGCAGUGGCAGUGAUGCCAACACUUCUUCGUUAA